AUGUCGGAAUCAGGAACCCCCGCAUUCCAGAUUAUUGUCUUGGGUCCGAAUGGCGGUCCUCGGGAAGAUCAUGUAACAGGUCUCCUGGUGCGUUCAACGUCGAUGAGCUGGACCCCUGGAUCAGUGGUCGCGGUGGAUGCUGGGACCCUUCUGGCCGGGAUCAUUCGCAUCUUGAAAAACUUCCUGCCGGAUUCGAUAGACGGGCAAGGAAACAUGACGGCGGGGCCAUUCAAAGGUCUACACUUACCCGCCAAAAGUGCAGAAGCGAACGCUGCGUAUAUAUUCCGCGAAAUCAUUGGUGCCGUUCUGAUCACACACCCUCAUCUCGACCACGUCUCGGGUCUGGCCAUCAACACGCCAAUCCUGGAGGCGGGCAGUGGGCCAAAGCCUGUCGCAGCUCUGCCAUCAGUGCUAUCAGCCAUCAAAAAUCACAUGUUCAACGAUAUUAUAUGGCCCAAUCUGUCGGAUGAAGAUGGUGGCGCGGGUCUGCUCACUUAUCAGCGUCUGGUUGAAGGUGGUAAUACGCGGUUCGGAACCGGAGAUGCCAGAGGCUACGUUCGUGCCUGCAACGGUCUUCUGACCAAAUGCCUUUCCGUGAGCCACGGUCAUAGCAAGCAGCGUUUCCAUCCAGAGUCUGGGAUGCACCACAGGGUUGGAAGCACUGUAUUUCCACCCGAUCAAUACAUGUUCUCUUCACGUGCAGUCUCCAUGGAUCAAACUGAUGGAAGCUUCUAUUCGCCAGCUCGCUCCCCGCAGAUUCCUCCCGCUGCUUCAAAGGAGCCCAUGAUGGCCUCUGUAGAAAGCUCCGCCUUCUUCAUUCGUGACCAUCGCACCGGGAGGGAGAUCAUCAUUUUUGGAGAUUUAGAGCCGGACACGGUAUCUCUCGAGCCGCGCAAUAAACGGGUCUGGGAAGCGGCCGCACCCAAAAUUCACGCGGGCUCUCUUGGGGCCAUCUUCAUGGAAUGCUCUUUCAGUGACAGCAUCGAUGACUCGUAUCUGUAUGGUCACCUUUGUCCUCGUCACGUGGCAGCGGAGCUGAAAGUACUCGCUGGGAAAGUCAUGGAGCUACGGGAUUCCGUUUCUCUCGACAAGAAGCGAAAACAGCCUACAAGUGGGUUCGGUGAUAGCAGCGGCACCCCUCUCAGCCCACGCUCAAAGAGUCGCUCAAAGAGUCGCUCAAAUCCUAGCCUCGACCGAUCAGAACCUUCCUCGGGGGGUAUCCGUGCUGUCGACAUGCCCGAGACGCUCGUCGAUCGUAUCGGCAGCAAGGAUGUCGCCGAACCCAAUGAUGUGGGUUGGGCAGAUGCCGAUCCAUUACCACUGACAGGGCUGUCAGUCUACAUUAUCCACAUCAAGGAGGGUCUAGACGAUGGUCCUCCACCUGAAGAGCAGAUAUUGAGGGAACUCAAGGCGCACGCUCAAGAGUCCCACCUGGGCUGUCAAUUCUUCAUCCCGGACCCCAAUCAAGCCAUCUGGGUUUGA